UGGCACGGUGAGUGAUUGGGACCCUAACUACUCCUAACAAACAAGGGGAGGUGGUGGCCUAUAGAAACUGAGGGUCACACCCCACGUCUGCUUGCCUUAUUAUUAUUUAUACAUACUUAGACUUAUAUAGAGAGAGACAAACAGAUGAUAGUAAAGAGAGAUAAUAGAUACAUGCUUACAUGCAAAAUUUGUUUUUACUAAAGGCUUUAGAUAUACAAGAUAUGGCUGGUUCGUUCGUCGUCCUCAGCUCUGGCUUCGUCUUCGGCGGAUUCCUGCUGGUAAUGGAAUGCUACUUCAGGUUCAGAAGAGUCGAGAAAGAACCAGCCCCGAAGCCUAGAGGCAGGACCGAAGACCCGCAGCUGACCGUGGACGAAAUCUCGGAGAAAGACCUCAAGACCCUUUCCGACACCGAGACAUCAAGCUCCUCAGUCAACAGACCACGACCGAAAGAGAUGAGUCAGACUUUGAAAGACCCAGAAGGUGGAGUGAAGGAUCAGGUCUCACUGUACAGUCACUUGCUGAAGUCGGGUCAUGAAUGAAGCUUCGAAACCUU